AUGAAUGCCUCAGGCUGCUUUCUUAUCUUCACCAUUCUGUUCUCUUCUUUCUCGUCCUUCUCUUUGGCCUUAAGUGAUGCUGAGGCAUCCUAUAUUGCUCAUCGGCAACUUUUGAAUCUUUCUCAAAACAGUGAUCUUCCCGAUGGGGUUGGAUAUGACAUUGAUCUGAAACUGAAUUUUGCAAAUCCAAGGCUCAAGAGAGCUUAUAUUGCUCUUCAAGCAUGGAAAAAAGCUAUGUACUCAGAUACGUAUAACGUAACUGCCAAUUGGGUUAGUGAGAAUGUGUGUGCCUACAAUGGUAUACUUUGCUCACCAGCAAGAGAUGAUCCCAAAUUGACAGUUGUUUCUGGUGUUUAUCUUAACCAUGCUGACAUAGCUGGGUACCUUCCAGUUGAGCUCGGGCUUUUGACGGAUCUCACUACAUUCCACAUCAACUCUAAUCGGUUCUGUGGAAUCAUCCCGAAUAGUUUCUCGAGACUUCAACAAUUGGAAGAGCUAGAUGUCAGCAAUAACCGCUUUGUUGGUUCAUUCCCAGCUAUUGUUCUCGAGUUACAUUCCCUCGUAUACAUGGACAUAAGAUACAAUAAUUUCGAAGGGCCAAUUCCAGCAAAACUCUUUGACAAGAAAUAUGAUGUUUUACUCUUGACUCACAACAGGUUCACAUCCGAAAUCCCUGAUCUUUGUGAAUGGAAGUGCGGAAAACAUCCACCACCCACAUCCAAGCCACCAACACCAACUCCGCCAACCCCUUCAUCUCAAGCAUCACCUCCUCCCACACCUUCAAAAAGUUAUACUCCACCUCCCACAUCAAAGCCACCAACAUCAACUCCGCCAUCCCUUACAUCCCAAUCAUCACCUCCUCCGACACCAUCAACACCAACUCCACCAACCCCAACAUCGAAAACAUCACCUCCUCCGACACCAUCAACAACUCAUAAUCCACCUUCCACAUCCAAACCACCAUCAUCAACUCCACCAACUCCUCCAUACGAAGCCUCCCCUCCUCCAACCCCAUCCAAGAGUUAUACACCGCCAUCCACUUCAACUCCACCAAACCCUUUAUCUAAAGUAUCACCCCCACCAAAAGAAGUAACAACUUAUAUUCCACCUCCAACUUCCAAGCCACCAACUUCAACUCCACUAAGCCCUUCAUCCAAAGUAUCGCCUCCACCGGAAGAAGAAAAAACUUAUACUCCACCUCCCACAUCCAAGCCACCAUCAUCAACUCCACCAACUCCUCCAUCUGAAGCCUCAUCUCCUCCGACCCCAUCCAAGAGUUACACUCCGCCACCCACUUCAACUCCACCAAGCCUUUCAUCUACAGUAUCACCUCCACCAAAAGAAGUAACAACUUAUAUUCCACCUCCCAUUUCCAAGCCACCAACUUUGACUCCACCAAGCCCUUCCUCCAAAGUAUCAUCUCCACCGGAAGAAGAAAGCACUUAUACUCCACCUCCCACAUCUAAGCCACCAUCAUCAACUCCAUUAACUCCUCCAUCCGAAGCCUCACCACCUUCGACCCCAUCCAAGGGUUAUACUUCGCCACCCACUUCUACUCCACCAAGCCCUUCAUCUAAAGUAUCACCUCCACCAAAAGAAGUAACAACUUAUAUUCCACCUCCCAUUUCCAAGCCACCAACAUCAACUCCACCAAGCCCUUCAUCUAAAGUAUCGCCUCCAUUGGAAGAAGAAAAAACUUACACUCCACCUCCCACAUCCAAGCCACCAUCAUCAACUCCAUCAACUCCUCCAUCCGAAGCCUCACCUCCUCCGACCCCAUCCAAGAGUUAUAAUCCACCACCCACUUCAAUUCCACCAAGCCCUUCAUCCAAAGUAUUGCCUCCACCAAAAGAAGUAACAACUUAUAUUCCACCUUCCAUUUCUAAGCCACCAACAUCAAUUCCACCAAGCCCUUUAUCCAAAGUAUCGCUUCCACCGGAAGAAGAAAAAACUUAUACUCCACCUCCUACAUCCAAGCCACCAUCAUCAACUCCACCAACUUAUUCAUCCGAAGACUCACCCCCUCUGACCCCAUCUAAGAGUUAUACUUCACCACCCACUUCAACUCCACCAAGCCCUUCAUCCAAAGUAUCACCUCCACCAAAAGAUGUAACAACAUAUAUUCCACCUCCUAUUUCCAAACCACCAACUUCAACUCCACCAAGUCCUUCAUCCAAAGUAUCGCCUCCACCGGAAGAAGAAAAAACGUAUAGUCCACCUCUCACAUCCAAGCCACCAUCAUCAACUCCACCAAGCCAUUCACAAAAAGCAUCCCCUCCUCCUCAAGAAUAUAACACUUAUUCUCCACCUCCCACUUCCAAGCCUCCAACAUCAACUCCACCAACACCUUCAUCCCAAGCAUCACCACCUCCAACACCAUCAAAUAGUUAUACUCCACCUCCCACAUCAAAGCCACCCACUUCAACUCCACUUACCCCUACAUCCGAAGCAUCACCUUCUCCGACACCAUCAACAUUAAGUCCACCAACCCCCACUUCCCAAGCAUCACCUCCUCCGACACCAUCAAAAAGUUAUACUCCACCUCCAACACCAAAACCACCAAUGUCAACAUCCGAACCAUCACCCCCUCCAAUACCAUCAAAUGGUUAUACUCCACCUCCCACAUCAAAACCCCCAACCUCAACUCCACUAUCCCCUAUAUCCCAAUCAUCACCUCCUCCAACAUCAUCAAUAUUAACUCCACCAACCCCUAUAUCGCAAGCAUCCCCUCAUCCGACACCAAUUAAUAGUUAUACCCCACCUCCAACAUCAAAACCACCAAUAUUAACUCCACCAACCCCUACAUCCCAAGCAUUACCACCUCCAACACCAUCAACAUCAAGUCCACCAACCCUUACAUCCAAAGAAUUACCUCCUCCAACACCAUUAAAUAGUUAUACUCCACCUCCUACAUCUAAGCCCCUAACAUCAACUCCGCCAACCCCUACAUCCCAACCAUCAUCUCCUCCAACACCAUUAAUAAGUUAUAAUCCACCUCCUAUGUCAAAGCCACCAACAUCAACUCCACAAACCCCUACAUUGGAAGAAUCACCUCCUUCAACACCAUCAACAUCAACUCCACCAACCCCUACACCCAAAACAUCAACUCCUCCAACACCAUCAACAAGUUAUACACCACCUCCAACAUCAACUCCACUAACCCCUACAUCCCAACCAUCACCUCCUUUGACACCAUCAAAUGGUUAUACUCCACCUCCCACAUCUAAGUCCCCAACAUCAACCCCACCAACCCCUACAUCCCAAUCAUCACCUCUUCCGACACCAUUAAUGUUAACUCCACCAACAUCAAUUCCAACAACCCCUACCUCCCAAGUAUCCCCUCCUCCGACACCAUCAAAUAAUUAUAUUCCACCUCCCACAUCUAAGCCCCCAACAUCAACUCCGCCAGCCCCUACAUCCCAAGAAUCACCUCCUUCAACACCAUCAACAAGUUAUAAUCCACCUCCCACAUCAAAACCACCAACAUCAACACCACCAACCCCUACAUCGGAAGAAUCACCUCCUUCGACACCAUCAACAUCAACUCCACCAACACCUACAUCCCAAUCUUCACCUCCUUCAGCACCAUCAACAAGUUAUACACCACCUCCAGCAUCAAAACCACCAACAUCAACUCCAUCAACCCCUACAUCCCAAGCAUCACCUCCUCAGACACCACCAAACGGUUACACUCCACCUCCCACAUCCAAGCCCCCAACUUCUAUUCCACCAAUCCCUACAUCCCAACCAUCAUCUCCUCCAACGCUAUUAAUAUCAACUCCACCAACACCUACCUCUGAAGUGUUCUCUCCUCCGACACCAUCAAAAAGUUAUACUCCACCUUCCACAUCUAAGCCCCCAACAUCAACUCCUCUAACCCCUACAUCCGAAGCAUCACCACCUCCAACUAGUUAUAAUCCACCUCCCAUAUCAAAGCCACCAACAUCAUCUCCACCAACCCCUACAUCAAAAUCAUCCCCUCCUCCAACACCAUCAACAAGUUAUAAUCCACCUCAUACAUCAAAACCACCAACAUCAAUUCCACCAACCCCUAUAUACCAAGCCUCACCUCCUUCGACACCUUCAAAAUCAACUCCACCAACCCCUACAGUUGAAACAUCACUUCCUCCAACACCAUCUAAGAGCUAUAUUCCACCUCCCACAUCUAAGCCCCCAACAUCAACCCCGCCAACUCCAUCAUCCCAAGUAUCACCUCCUCCGACACCAUCAAAGAUUUAUACUCCUCCUCCCACUUCUAGUCCCCCAAGUCAUACACCAAAAGCAUCUCCGAUCCCAAGUCCAUCUCUGACACAAGUUUCGACUCCACCGAAACCUGGAAAAGUUUCUCCAGGCCCAGCUCCGACCCAAACACCAGUUUCGGUUCCUCCUAAACCUGGUAAAACUUCUCCAGGCCCAGCUCCGACCCGAACACCAGUUUCAUCUCCUCCAAAACCUGGUAAAGAAUCUCUUAGUCCAGCCCCGACCGCAACACCAGUUUCAGCUCCUCCUAAACCUGGCAAAGCGUCUCUAGGUCCAGCUCCAACACUAACACAAGUUUCAUCUCCUCCUAAACCUGGGAAGACAUCUCCAGACCCAGCUCCGACCGAAACACCAGUUUCAACUCCUCUUAAACCUAGCAAAGCGUCUCCAGGCCCAACUCCAACCCGAACACCAGUUUUGGCUUCUCCGAAACCUAGCAAAGUAUCUCCAGGCCCAGCUCCGACUGGAACACUAAUUUUGCCUCCUCCUAAACCUGGCAAAGCGUCUCCAGGCCCAGCUCCGACCCGAACACCAGUUUCGGCUCCUCCUAAACCUGGCAAAGCUUCUCCAGGCCCAGCUCCAACCGGAACACCAGUUUCAGCUUCUCCAAAACCUGGUAAAGCGUCUCCAGGUCCAACUCCGACUCAAACACCAGUUUUCACUCCUCAUAAACCUGGAAAAGUAUCUCUAGGCCCAGCUCCCACUGCUACACCAGUUUCGGCUCCUCCUAAAUCGGGUAAAGCGUCUUUAGGCCCAGCUCCGACCCGAACACCAAUUUCGACUCCUCCUAAACCUGGAAAAAUGUCUCCAGGCCCAGCUCCAACCGGUACACCAGUUUCAGCUCCUCCUAAACCUGGCAAAGCAUUUCCAGGUCCAGCUCCGACCAGAACACCAGUUUCGGCUCCACCUAAACUUGGCAAACCAUCUCCAAGCCCUGCCCCAACGAGAACACCAACUUCGGCUCCGCCUAAACUGGGCAAAGCAUCCCCAGGCCUAGCUCCCAUUCAAACACCAGUUUCGACUCCUUCUAAACCUGUUAAAGCUUCUCCUGGCCCCGCUCCGACUCAAACACCAAUUUCGGCUCCUCCUAAACCUGGUAAAGCAUCUCCAGGCCCAGCUCUGACCGGAAUACCAAUUUCAACUCCUCCUAAACCUGGCAAAGCGUCUCCAAGCCCAGCUCCGACCGAAACACCAGUUUUGGCUCCGCCUAAACCUGGCAAAGCGUCUCCAGGCCCUGCUCCAACCAGAACACUAACUUCGACUCCACCUAAACCUGACAAAGCGUCCCCAAGCCCAACUCCAAGUGAAACACCAGUUUUGGCUCCUCCUAAACCUGUUAAAGCAUCUCCUGGCCCCGCUCCGACUCAAACACCAGUUUCGGCUCCUCCUAAACCUGGCAAAGCAUCGCCAGGCCCAGCUCCGACUCAAACACCCAUUUCAGCACCUCCUAAACCACCUCCAGUCUCGACUCCAACUCAAACACCAAUUUCUCCACCUCAAAAAAGCCUUAAUCCAUCUCCAGUCUCGUCUCCAACUCAUACUCUAGUUUCAACUCCUUAUAAACCCUCUCCAGUUUCGACACCAACCCAAGCACCAAUAUCUCCACCUCAAAAACCUUUUAAGCCAUCUCCAGUACCAAUUCCAGUUUUGACACCAAUUUUGGCUCCUCCUAAACCCACUGAGCCAUCUUUAUCUCCAGCCUCAACUCCAACUUCUACCCCAGUUUCAGUUCCUCCUAAGCCAUUUCCAGUCCCACCGUCACCGGUUCAAUCACAUCCAACACCACCAUCAUCUACACCAGUUUUAGCUCCUUCUAAGCCAUCUCCUAUCCCACCUCCAGUUCAAUUAAACCCACCACCCCUAACGUCUACACCAGUUUCGACUCCUCAUAAACCACCAUCUUCUGUCUCAGAAACGGUUCAAUCGCAUCCACCAGUACCAACACCUGCACGAUCUUUAACUCCUCCUCCUAUUAAUAUGGUUUCUUCACCACCGCCAAGACAUGAGGACUUCAUUCUCCCACCAGACAUGGGGUCAAAAUACUCUUCCCCACCUCCACCAAUGUUCCAAGGCUAUUAAAUAGUUUACUAUUAACUUCUUUUCAUAUAUUGGUACCAUUGAUUUGGACUUCAAAAUUUAUGUACAAACUUAUUCCUUUACAUGAGCUUCUAAACAAUGGACAUUUUUUUAUUUUUA